AGAAGCAUUUGUUUACAAAUUUCUAAUUCGUUAAAAUGACACAAACUGAGGCCGCGAACAGCGAAAACAGCUCAGAAAUAGUCGAACUACCCAAUCAACUUGUGGAUAUAUUCAGAGCUCUGGCUGAAAAUGCUAACAUUAUCUUUAAGUCGCAACAAAUCGAUGAUCCCGAGCUAAACUUGUCGGAGAAGCAACAAAUUGCGCAGGAUGCAUUUCACAAAAAUCGCGAAACUUUCUUAAUACGCUUCGGCAGCUAUUUAGACGAGCGCCAAUUAAGCGACUUUCAGUCUCUGGGCGUACAGGAGCCCAUCAAGCCCGAUGAGAACCUGGAGGAGAUUUGCCUGCUGCUGGACGACUUCAAGCGGAAGCUGCACACCCGUUCGGUCUGCGUCAAGAAUAGACGCUACCAUGCAAUGGAGCAGCUGCUGCAGAAGGGCGAAUACUUCAGCGAGCACGAAAUGAUGCAGCGGGCACCAGAGCUGUACCAGGAACUGGUCGGACAAUACUUGACGGAGCAGGAGCGCAAGCAGCGGGACAGCUACGAUGUGCGCAACACCAGUUUCUCGGGCAUACUGAUGCACACGCUGGAGCAGAAGCAGCGGGACGAGCUGUUGCAACAGGUAGAUAGCGGCUCAGAGAUGCAGUCGCUGCCGGCGCCAGCCGCAAAUGUGGAUUGCGAAGUGCCUGCUGCGUGCCGCAAGCAAUGGGGCGGCUUCGAGGAUGAUGAGCCGGUGGCUUGCUCCACGAGUCGAACUACACAGCAUGCCGCAGCGCCAGUCAGCCGAAUAACCACAGCCGAGUAUUACAAUCCCGGCGAAAGAGAGCUGCUGCGCAACGAGUUUAUGGGCUUGAUGAAGGAGCGCUUUCUCAGCGGCCAGGACAAGGAUUUCGACUACACAGCUGUGGACGACAAUGCCCAGCUUGACGAUCUAAAGCAAAUCGAACGUGAUGAGGAGGAUGCCUACUUUGAGUCCAGUGACGAUGAUGAUGAUGUUGAUGUUGAUGCUAAGGCGGCGCCUGAACGAAGCAAUUCCAGCGACGAGGAUGAGCUGGACGUCUAUAUGCGGCAUCUAAACCAACAUCCCAGUCUGCAGCAUUAGUUUUUUAUUUAGCUUUAAUCCUAGCAUUAUAACGUGUACAAUGACAUAAGUAUAAAUUGUACCUUAAACCUGA